AUGUCUCUAAUAUCAGCCUUUCGUCCACCCUCCACACGCACAUCAUCAAUCCGUCAAAGAUCACGACCUCGUCGACGGAGAAAGACGAAUACACGAGAGCAAGCCAAUUUUGACUCGGAGGACCAUGUUCAAGAUUCAGAUGCCCACUCAAUUAUUACACCCUCCAAACACACACCAAAGCCGUUUCGAAAGCUACGAGGCUCAAUAGCGGCCGGGGGCCCUCUACGUCCCUUCCGCCUUGUGAAGCAAGACCUGGUCAAUUUGCGACGACGAUAUGUGUCUGACUGGACCGUGUUCAACCAGCUGAUAUUUGCCAGCGCCGUCUAUGUCUUUUUCACUAAUCUUUUACCUGGCAUCACCUUCGCAAGUGACUUGUAUGUGCUCACUGGCAAAAGCUGGGGUACGAUCGAGGUCGUGUUCAGUACUGGACUCUGUGGGAUAAUCUUCUCGCUCUUCUCGAUCCAACCCCUCACCAUCCUCGGCGUAACGGGUCCAUUCUCUGUCUUGGCAGAGAACAUCUAUUCGCUGUGCGAAGAUGUAUUCCAAAUACCAUUCCUCCCGUUUAUGGCUUGGUCUUUGAUCCAUUCUGCUUGGCUGCACUACCUGCUAGCAAUCAUCAAUGCGCAUGACUGGACUAUGCGAUAUGUGACGACUUUUGCAACGGAGAUCUUCUCGCUCUUGAACAGUAUCAUUUACUUCCACAAGGCUAUUCAGGAACUUGAGAGGGCCCAUGAAAGUCUUUCUUUCGCAGCUUUCCUCUACGCUGUUAUAGGCGCGGUAGGAACCAUGCUCCUUGCUAUCUUCCUCUCCACCGCGGAAAGCUGGCGCCCUCUCUUUCACCGGUAUAUCCGUCUUGGGUUGACCGAAUAUGCUGCCGCAAUCUCUAUCAUCAUUUUUAUUGGCUUGCCUCAUGUUGGCGAAUUGGCCAAUUUAGACAAAAUGACUCUGGCGGUUAGCACCUCAUUUCGGCCAACAUCUCCUGAGCGGGACAUCUUUUUCGUGGAAUUUUGGAAAUUGCCCGUCCAGUGGAUAUUUGGCUCCAUUAUCCCUGGGUUGAUCAUUACCAUGCUUUUCUUCUUCGAUCACGAAGUCAGCUCAAUCAUCUGCACUAUUGACCGGUAUGGUACUCGAAAGCCGGGCGGGUUCGCCUGGGACAUCGUGCUGCUAGGAACGACAACAGCGUUAUGUGGUAUUCUUGGUAUUCCGCCUGCCAAUGGUCUGCUUCCACAGGCACCGUUGCACUCUGAAUCCCUGAUGCAUACAGUGAAAGAAGAGAAGACCAUCACAGUGGACGGUGAAGAGAAGAUAGAGACCCGAGAGGUCCGGCAAGUAUAUGAGCAACGCUGGUCAUCCUUUCUCCAUUCUGCCGCUAUUCUUCUAUUUAUCAGUCCCCCGUUUAUGAAAGUUCUUGGCUUGACUCCGACCAGCGUUCUUGCUGGGCUGUUCCUCUUCAUGGGUGAGCAAAGCUUAUCGAUCAAUCCGAUAUUGUACCGGACAUUCUAUCUUCUCACUCCACCAUCAGAGUUACCACCCCUACCACAGUCCCUGCACAAGAACCCUGAAGCUCAUAGCGUGAUGGAAUCCUCAUCUCGCCACCCAUCCUAUCUGCCAAUUCACCUCUACACAAUCCUGCAAAUCGUGAUCACAGUCGUGAUAUUCAUCCUAACCCUCACUCGUGGAGCACCUGCAUUCCCAGUGCUGAUUCUCGCUUUGGUACCUUUCCGACUUCUCGUCAUGAAGAGAUGGUGGCCACGGGAAGUACUUCGUUUCGUGGAUGCCUGGGCCUGUCGUGAAGGUACCCUCGAGGACGACGAAGAUGCCGCCAAAUUGGACGGUCUUCCAACGCAGGAGACUUCAAGUGGAGAGGAAAAUGCUGUGCCUGGCGGUGUGUUACGCCGCGAUGGCAGCGGCGAUGGACAUGGCCGUUCUUCUGUUGUUGAAGGUAGCGCCGCACACGGCGAUUCUCAGACAGACCUAGGGGAUCAGAGGAUAUGGGGUACUACUGAUAAUGAUGCGAAUCAUGAGUGGGUAGCGCUUGAGGAACGCAAUGUUCCCGAUGAGGAGAUUGGACGUGAUAGAUAA